AUGUCGUCCGCCGUAUUCGAGCCAACGGACCUUUUUUCCCUCGACGUCGAGGGGGAAGGCUUCGUGCCGGAGACGGAGGAGGAAUUCACGGAUUGCUCGAUAAACAUCAAGCCGUCUCAGGCCCAGCUGAAGCCGUCUUUUGAGAACACGGCGGGAUUCGAGGUUUCGUCCGCCACGUACGUCAGGCCGCUCAGGGCCCUCAACCGGCCGCUCACGUCGGAGGAGACGAAGCUCUGUAGGCAGACGAUACUCCAUAUGCGCAGGUGCAUAUACAGCAUGAUCGCCAAUGAGGACUUCUGCGUUUCGUGCGACGUUGCGGGGACGAAUAAGGGCGAUAUGAGCCAGCUUUCUGACAUCUCCGACACUUCGUCUGAUUCGCCCAUGUCGGAGGACAGCAACGUGAGGCAGCCGUCGCCGUCCGCAACGACGGUGAACCACAGCAUAGAGGGGUCAAGGAAGGCGUCGAGGCUGGACAGCGGCGCCAAACUUGCGAAAACAUCGCACCGGACAGACAGAGGCCGCGAGGAGGCAUCGUCCGCCGAGCAGAACCCCAAACUCACUCGACGAGACAAGCCUACAGGAAAACGAGGAAGUAGCCAGGCAGGCGACCAUUGCUCCACAGAUGUGGUCGCGGGCACUGAGGACGGCGGGUCUGCCGCUGGCAGUGCCAAGGGGCCGUACCAGGCCGCGCCGACGUUGCGCCUGACGGGUAUGAAACUGAAGCGCGCAACGGCAGAGGAUGCGACGUCCGAUCGAGACGCCACUGGCGCCGACACCAGCGUCGAUGCGACUGCGGACGACGCGAUCAAGCUGACCGUCAGCACCAGCAAGCUGAGCAACGCCGUCACUGACAUCGAGCACACGCAGAUGUCAUCGUCCGUGCCGUUCCCGCGGUUCUCCAGAUCAUCCAGGGGCAACAUGCCUGGGGGGCUAAGCCGGAACGGGCGCAGGUACUUCUUUGCGUCCGAUGGAGAGAAGUUGGGCCCCCUGCCCAACUGCCACAUGACCUUCCUGGCGCACCUGUAUCGGCGCAAGCGGUCCGUGUGCUUCUUCUGCGGGUUCGUCACCUGCCCGCGAACCUCAAGCCCGGCGAACAACUGCCCUUCCAUGCGCUGCUCCCGCUGCUCGUUCAAGCACAAGUGGGGGAGGAACCAGUGCAAGGAUAAGGGCGACAUGGUGAAGUUCUACCACCGCACCAGCGACUGGCGCCAGCGCCGUGAGAACCCGUGGUCCCGGAUGCCGAAGCACAUCAGAGCGGCCGCGAAGUGCUUCUACUGCGGCAAGCCCGGCGAGGCCAACUUCAGGUGCCGCGGCAUCUCCUGCCCCAAGGGCGCCGACACGCUCGAGGUGCGCUGCCUGGAGCUGUUGGGGAAGAAAAACCUGGACCGCAUGGUGCGGCAAAUGCCGCUCAUGUUCACGCACCUGAGGGACCGCCACUUCGAAUUCAGAUGA